AUGGCGUGCAUAAGCGCCAUUUUCAUCAUCGACAUGAAGGGGAAAGUAAUCAUCAACAGGAACUACCGCGGCGAAGUGAACCUAAACCUGACGGAGGUAUUUUACAAUUGCGUAAUCGAUCAGGAAGACAACCUGAUAAAGCCCAUAUUCCACGUGAACGGGCUGACCUACUGCUGGGUGGCCUAUAACAAUAUAUACAUCCUGGCGGUAACGAGAAAAAACAGCAAUGCCACGUUGAUCAUCACAUUUUUAUACAAAUUAAUCCACGUGUUGAAGGACUACUUUAAGGUGCUGGAGGAGGAAAGCAUUAAGGACAACUUCGUAAUUACGUAUGAGCUACUCGACGAAAUGAUUGACAAUGGGUUCCCCCAGUUAAGUGAAGUGAAAAUUUUGAGAGAGUACAUAAAAAAUAAAGCUCACCAGUUAACAGUGAAAAAUAUAAAAAUUCCGUCAGCCAUUACCAAUUCGGUAUCUUGGAGGAAUGAAGGCAUAAAAUAUAAGAAGAACGAAAUAUUUUUGGACGUCAUUGAAAGCUUAAACAUUAUAAUCUCGUCCAAUGGUACCGUUUUGAGGAGUGAAAUUCUGGGGUGCCUAAAAAUGAAGUCAUACCUAUCUGGUAUGCCAGAAUUAAAGCUAGGGUUAAAUGAUAAACUUUUGUUUAAUAAAAAUGUGAGCAAUUUUAACAGUACAAGUGGUGGCGGUACGGGCAAUGCGGGAAGUGGAGGUACCAAUUCGAAUACAUCUAACCUUGCCAAUGUAAAUACACAGACGAAUAGAACCAAAUUGGUAGAAUUAGAGGACAUGAAAUUUCAUCAAUGUGUUCGUCUCUCUAAAUUUGAAAAUGAUCGAACCAUUUCUUUUAUCCCUCCAGAUGGAAUUUUCAAUUUGAUGACAUAUCGUUUGAGUACCCAUGUGAAACCCCUCUUCUGGUUAGACAUUAACAUUUCCAAAAAGUCUCUCACCAAAAUAGAGUAUGUAGUCAAAGCUAAAGCUCAAUUCAAAAAUAAAAGCAUUGCAAAUAAUGUGGAGUUUCAUUUGCCCGUCCCUGCUGAUGUAGAUUCUCCUCAUUUUCAAACCUACAUAGGAAGUGUAAAAUAUUAUCCCGAUAAGGAUAUCCUCAUAUGGAAAAUAAAACAAUUUCAGGGCCAAAAGGAAUACAUUAUGAAUGCCCAGUUUGGCUUACCUUCCAUCGUGUCCAAUGAGAAUAAGGAUGUUUAUUACAAGAGGCCUGUAAAUGUGAAGUUCGAAAUACCCUACUUCACCGUUUCGGGCAUCACCGUGCGGUACCUGAAGAUUAUUGAAAAGAGCGGCUACCAGGCUUUGCCCUGGGUCAGGUACAUCACGCAGAACGGCGACUACCAGGUUAGGAUUUCCUGACGCGCCCUUGGGGGAGAAUUCGGAACAGCGGCGGGGAUUUUGCGAAGGUGUUUGCUUCCCCACGUUGCUUCUACUUUGUGCUUCUACUUUUGCCUCUACUUUAUGCUUCCCCUUUUGCGCAAUUGGGAGGGUGGGUGACCCGUCGUAACCAGCGCAGGUGAGUAUACCUUGCGCCGUGCCGGACUCCCCCCGCUGCUUUAUCAAUCGUGAUUGCUACCCCUUUGGAUGGCGCGAAAAUGUCUGGGCUAAAAGGGACGCGGCGGGGGGAACAUCCACACAAGUGCGUAACGCCAUGUGUAACUCCGCAUUGCAUUUCCGCGCAGUGCCUUUUUUGUAAGUUCCCCAUGCCCACAUACCAUGUGUGUAUGUGCGCGCAGCCGUAACAGUUUCACCACGUGGAGGGGGCACAUUCGGCCAAAUAGCAGGAACGUAUAUAUGUACAUAUAUAUAUGCAUAUUUUAUUUUUUUCUUCCUUUUGCACACACUACCCCCCUUUAAUUCUCCCACCCGCAACAUAGAAUUAAAUUUUUCCAGUGAUCAAAUCUGCUUGUUGUUUCGUUUAUUGCUACCCA